AUGCAGGCAGAAGGCGGAUGCGGAAACUGCGACGGUUGUACUCGAGUAGAAGAGCAAGCACGACUGAGAGCCGCCCAAGAAGCCGCACGCGAACUUGAAGCACUCAAGACCGAGGAAGCUUCCCAUCUCUGCACGGCCGAAUCCAUCCAUCCAGCAUGUCCGCUCAAAAAAUCAAUUCACGAGCCGCUUGCUUGGUCAAUCGAAUCUACAGAUGUCCUGGACCAAAGCAACAGCCCACUAUUCACGCUUCUCCCCCGCGAGAUCAGAGACAUGAUUUACAACUACGCCCUCACAGACACAACAUCCUAUCCCGUGGACCGCGACCGACCCGAAGACCCCAAUCCCUUUGCGCGAUUCGACCGCGCAUCUGGGUACUCUCAAAACUGUGCCGGCAUUGAUUUGUACGCUUCGGACAUCGCUACCCCCCUGCUUUACACAUGCAAGGCAAUUUACCUAGAGACUUACACCACCCCUCUACGCAUCAACCCUUACAUCACAGGAGAGCUAUCCGUCCAGAGGCAAAAGCGCAACCUGUCAACCUGGCAGUUGGCGCAAAUACGUAGCUUGGACAUUACGCUCCCGCAGCACGGAUUGGAGAACGGGGCCUUGAGGAAUUACCUAAAUGAGUAUUGGAACGCGACUUCAAGGUACCAGGGGCGUUGUUAUAUCGUACCGGUUAGAGCUAUACGCCCAUCGGACAGAAAGCGAUGCGAAAAUCUGGAGUAUGCCAACAAUAACAACAGUAUCUUGGUACCUGUAGCGGGCGGCGACAGUUUGACAAAGAAGAAAAACAAGAAGAAGAAAGAUUUUGACCGCCUUAUCGACGUUCUAGACAGCACUUCCAUCAUCAUCCCCCAGGAUUUCAUCUACCCAUGUUCUCAUACUCUCAAGGUAGCGCCCGCUCAACCUAUACGACACAUCACACUACGCCUAACGCACAGCGACUGGUGGACACGGGGCAGCCCACCUACUGCUUCCACUGAUGAGAAUUCAACCACCAGACACCUCCAUCUCGACCCAACAUUUGGUUCCCACCCAGACGGCCGCCAUUCAAACACAAGCAUGCGCCUCCGUGCCUCUGAGCGUCUGCGCAAUCGGCACCCCCGUCUCGACCCACAGUCCUGGGGCUCGCAUAUCAAGCAAGCACUUCCGGGUCUCGAGACGUUGGUUUUGGUGCUGGAGACGUGGAAAGUCAAGGAGGAGCAACUCGAGUGUGUGGUGCAGUGUGCGCAGACGUGGAGGUUUUGUGAAGAAGAGGGAGAUGGGAAGGAAAAGGAGAAGUGGGCGUUGGUUUGGGAUGGUGAAGUGGUGGAGAAACGAUGGAGUAGGGGAUUGCGAGGGUUGAGAUUGCCAAAGGAUGCGAGUUGGGCUGAUCGAUGUAAUGAUUUUGAGGUGAGGGUUGUGCGGUAUGUGAAGAAGGUAGUGGAGGGGUAA